ACAAGAUUGUAAAUUGUUCGCUUUUGUACGAUUUGUGUAAUCUUGCAUGGGCGGUGAUACUAGCAGACUAACUGAAGAUUUAGAAAAUCAGCCUAGUAUUGAUUCUCGACCUCUACGACCUCAAUCACCGGAAGAACAAGAAUUUCUGUCAACAGUUACUCGAUCCUCUGGCUUGUCUCAAGAAGAAGUAGACGUUAUUUGGCGCCGCUAUCAGUGGCUUCAACCGAAUGAGAGAGGGCUGAUCAGCACAUCUGUAUUUAACCAGGCGCCUUUCACUAGCGACUGGUUUUUGGAAAGAGUGGCUCGCAGUCUUCCUGUAGAGGAGGAUGGGCAAACCAUUCGAUUUAGUAGCUUUCUAUCUGCUGUCAAGAAAUGGAAGGAGAGUGACGUGGAAGGAAAGUUAAGAGCUGUGUUUGGAAUCCUCGCCUCAGGACAGCGCAUAGAUGCAGACAUAAUGCAAGAGGUACUACUGCAGCUCAGACCUACUGAAAACAGAGAUGUGCUGAAGCAAUCUGCAGAGAGUAUUGUCAAUGCAAUGGCAGUCCAUACUGCAGGAGAAAUCUCUGAAGAAGAUUUUAUACAAUGGUUAAUGCAAAUAGGAGAAGAAACUAUUGGACCUCUCCUCAGUUUUUCUGUCACAGAUGGACAGAGAAGGAAUGCAACUAACAGACAAACAAGCAGACCAACUACAGAUUAGACCGUCUGACCGUGUCUUCAUUUGUGAUAUGCACUUGUGAUAUUGUUCGUUUCUCAAAUGGGGUAGUAGUCAAGAUCGAGAUACUCUAAUACACUUUUUUACACAUUUGUAUGGGGAUCACGGAUUCAUUCCAACUGCAUGGGAGUCACUAUAGGCUGCAGACUCUCUUAGCAAGCUGUAAGACUGUUUCUAGAGGCUUCAGUUCUGCAUGAAGUUGGUCGGAGGCCAUAAUAGCAAGCAACAUACCAAAUGGAAUUCUCACUUGCUGUCAUGUGAUAUCGGGCUUGAAGAAAGCAGAAUGUUUCUCACUUCUAUUUGCUAUGUACCAAUUUAUGAAACUACCAAGUUGUUACUGAUAUGGACCACCACCAGUACACUGAUGAAACUAACAAUGGAAUAGUCACCGUUGCUGCAAAACCAGACAAAAAUGUGAAGUUACAUGUAAUCCUUUCUUAUGUGGAACAUACGGCAACUAAAGUUAGAGAUCAGUUCUUUGACAGGAUGAUGACCUUGAGAACACUAUAGCUAACAGAUAUGGCCGUCAUGUUCCUUUACUGCUUCUAACAGUACUGACUCUUUGCCACCAUUAUUCAUAUACAGUAGUAAGGCUAGUCUUGCAUAGCCAGACCCCU